AGGAUCCAUUGCAGAACUCCAGGACCUGUGUAAGAAGAUGCACCAGAAGAUUGAUGUGAUAGAUGAGGAGAGAUACGACCUGGGCAGCAAAGUUGGCAAAAGUGAUAAAGAGCUCUCAUCCCCACAUCAUUUAUUUGUACCUUCACUGGGUUUAUAGGAAGUAAAACAAAACAACAGGCCAAAAUGUCUGAUAAAAAGAUGACAGCGAGCCGUAGGAACUACCUGAAGAGCUUGAUGCUCCAGAUCGCUGCCGGCUUGCUCGAGGCUGAGGCGGUCGAGGCUGAGGCAGAGAAGGCCAGGUACAUGAAGGAGAACUGCCCUGCCCCUGAGUUCUUGGUAUGCAUGGCAGAGCUCACGGACUUGUGCAAGAAGCUCCAUCAGAAGAUCGAGAGGGUUGAUGAGGAGAGAUACGACAUGUCAACCAAGGUGACCAAGUCUGAGAAGGAGGUUGAGGACUUGAAGAUGAAGGUAGUUGAACUGAAUGGUAAGUUCAGGAAGCCCGUCCUGAAGAAAGUCCGCAUGUCUGCUGAUGCUAUGCUCCAGGCUCUGCUGGGCUCCAAACACAAGGUGUCCAUGGACCUGAGGGCCAACCUGAAGCAAGUCAAGAAGGAGGUCAAGGAAGAGGACAAAGAUGCUGUGGGAGACUGGCGUAAGAACAUCGAAGACAAAUCAGACAGGAAGAAGAUGUUUGAGACUCAUAAGGAGUAGAUGUUACUGGAGAUCCAGACAGGAAGUAGUUUGAGACUCAUAAGGAGUAGAUGUUACUGGAGUUCCAGACAGGAAAUAGUUUGAGACUCAUAAGGAGUAGAUGUUACUGGAGUUCCAGACAGGAAGUAGUUUGAGACUCAUAAGGAGUAGAUGUUCCUGGAGUUCCAGACAGGAAGUAGUUUGAGACUACUAAGGAGUAGAAACAAAAAGUUCCGUUUGUCCCCAAAUUGGAUAUCUAGUCUUUUGUUUCACACGAAACACAAAAACAGUUACGUGACC